AACCAAAUGUCAUAACAUUUUGACAGAUUGUGUUUUGGAGACGACGUUGAUGUAUAAAAUAUUUUUUAAAACAUUAUUUACAUUAUACUGUGCAAUACUUACUGUAUAAAAUGUAUGAAAAAUCCCGAUCUAUGUGGUUGUCUACCGACUUAACCAAUUUCGUGGACGGUGUAUCAAGAAGGAACGCACAAAAUGCGCCGGAACUUACUAAAACAGGCUUAAAUUUAUUGAAGAGUUUUCCAGCAGCUAGGGAUGCUGUUUUAGAAUACUUCGCCAUGGUAUUUCAUGAUGCUGUAAACGUCGCUAUUAACCAAUCCGAUUAUGAGGCCGAUUUAAGUUCAAAUGGAUCAGUAGAGAGUGUGAGCAUGAUAGGCCCUGAGCUAUGUAACUUGGGCCAGUCCUGGGCACCUUUUAUUGCUCCGUGGUGUAUUAAUCUAAUCAUAGAUAUAGCCACUAAAAAGUCUAAUGUACCAAAUUCCACCCUACAGAGUGCUGAUCCCGUGCGAGUGUUAUUGGACAUAACAACACAAAAUUUGACAUUAUUAAAUGCGGAAGAAAGAGCUAAAUGCAUUGACAUGAUGCUUGGAUCGUGGGCUUGCUCAUGGGCCGUAGGCUGGGUAGGUCGUGCGGAGCCGGCGCUGGUGGCCCCGCGUGCGUUAGCUCUGUGCGCAGACGCAGCGUGCGCUGUCCUCGCACAUCUUGCGCACCAUCCGCCUGCAUUAUUUCAUGUGCGAGCUGCGCUGUCAGAUCUAUUUCAGGAAGCCAUAAAAGAAGACAGCAGUCCAGAAAAGAAGCGCGAUGUUAUACCAUAUUUAUUAAAUCUGGCUUCAAAGUCGGAAAUAGUUUUAAAAGCUCUCACACAGGACAUUGAACAAACGUUGACAGAUGAUGUGGUGGAGCGAUUAUGCGCUUUAUGUGCAUCGCAGCGUUACACGCCGGCGUGGGAGGGCGUGGGGCCUGCCUCACUGGUCACUCUCUUAUUAAACGCCGACGUACAUUGUCUUCUGCUGUUACUACGACAUGCGCAGAAAAACAUGUUCUGCAGACAAUUGUUGGAAUAUUUGCUGCAAAAAUUAGAAUAUGAAAGUCUGUUACCGGAUAAAACGAUACCAUUGUUGAUGAGCGCCGCGGAAGAAAUAAACAUUGUGAGAGAGAAGUUUCUGGACGGUAACCAACUUGAGAGGUAUUCGCUAGCUCGAGUACUCAUUUUAGUGUGUUAUAACCAACCAUCAGAAUUUGUAAGCACAAUAAGCUAUUUCCUUCAAUAUUCGCGAGAUGACCAGACCUUAGCCCUGCUAGUGCGGAUCGUUUCUGGAACAAUCACCAUGCACACACCAAACGACUCGCCCGAUAUCAACGCGGACACCGAACGGUACCAAAACUUCAUAAAGACUGGCGUUGAGUACGCACUGAGGGACGCCAUGCUGUCAGAUACGACGAUAAAGCGAUACUUCGUCGAAGGCACCUCUACCAGUGAACAUAAGACGUAUUUGCAUUAUCUGUGCUUGAAUCUCAUUACUUUGUUGAGAUGGGAGAACUCGACGCGCGUGGUGCAGCUGCGCAGCCGCUGGGUGUCCCGCGCGGUGGAGGCGGCGGCGGGGCGCGCGGCGGCGGCGCUGUGCGAGCGCGCGGCGCUCGUGCGCGUGCGCGCGCCCUGCACGCCCGCGCAGCUCGACCAGAUGCACACCUGCCACGCGCUAGCAGAGGUGUUGGACAGGAUAGACAUGUCUGGUACAAAGUCGCCGCCGCCGAGUGUGGAGGUCAUUCUGAAGGUGGUGCAAGCUACCGUUAAGUAUUUCUUCAGGUGUCUACAUGAGAAAGAUAUAAUGGACAAGCUCCGAGGAGUUCAGACCGCCUGCCGGCUCCUGCGCAAGUUGUGUAUACACAGCAAGUUGGCUCGUGCGGUCGCGCUGAGGGACCUGCUGGAAACUGCCAUGUUUAGAGAGGAAAAGGUGUUUGGGAGUCGGAGUACGGUCGCCAAUGCAAUCACAGCGGGCAAGGAUUGGACCAAUGAGGACCUACUGAUACAUCUUAAUCAGAGACAUGGUCCAAUGACACAGCUCACUCAGAGUCACACGUCAGUGUUUCACGCGGGUGUGAUCGGGUCGGCGGGGCGUCACAACUCCGACAACAGCGCGCCGGUGUCGCCGGCGCUCUCGCAUCACACCGAGUUGCUCAUGGGCGCACUCAUGGCGUGCAUGGAUGGCGACACAGGAAUUGCAGAAGGUGCGACGUCCGUGUCACUGCUACUUGUGGAAUUGGUUUCCCCAGACGUCAUGUACAACGGGCUACCGUGGCCAGAUGAAGACUUCACCAAGCAAGUGAGCAUCGAGCGCGAGCUGUACAUGCGCGGCGCGGUGGAGCGCAGCGCCGUGUGCCGCGCGUGGCUGUGGCGCGCCGCCUCCGCGCGCCCCGCGCUCUGCGUCGCGUCCGCGCUGCUGCGCGCCGCCGCCGCCACGCUGCUGCACCGCCUGCGCGCGCAUCUCGACCGGCACACGAACUCAGCGGAGAUGGCGCGCGAGCGGGCGGCGCUGACGGAGCUGCUGUCGACGAUGACGCUGGGCCAGCUGCUGCCGCACCCGCUGUGCCACAUGCUCGAGCUGGCGCCCGAGCUCUCCGCCAGCGAGUUAGUGCAAGUCCUGCGCGACUGUUUGUGGAACUACACGAGAGACCAUGUGCCUUCACCAGCCUUGUUUACGGGAGACUCUUCAGGUAUACAUUGGAGAGAUCCUAGCACUUGCAAACCACCAGCUACUUACACCGACACAUUGAGGCUGAUCAUACAGAAGAAAAUAUCAACUCUUGGACAUCUAUAUCCUAUCAUGUUCUUAAAUCUUGAACAAGACGCUGCAUGAUUUAUAAAUUAUGUAUUAUAAUAAAUGUAAAUAUAAUGAGAAUGGAGACAAUAAACUGCCUAUUUUUAUCUAC